AUGGGCAUGGCUUCUCCGCCUCAGCCUAUGUAUGAAGACCGGAUCGUCGCAAUCGGUCGACAACGAGUGCAGACAACGGUCGGCUGGGAGUGUCAAGGUUAUCGCUCGAGCUCCUCUCGGGCAUCGCUAUCCAGCAUUGUUAGUGAGACCUGUCUAGACUGUUUCGGCACGCUCGAUGAGUUGCAGUUUCAUUACCAGUGGAAUCACGCAAGCUUCCGCGAUCCUUCCUUCCUGUACAAGUGCCUGCACUGUGACUUCAUCAACAAUAUCCGGGAGACAUGCCCGCAGUGUGCCAAUACAAACGUCCAAUGGGAGCUGUGGUAUUACGGGUAUGUUGGCGGUAGCACCCACUCAUCGGUGCCGUACACGCCCAUCGCUGUCGGCCAGGACAAGCCCGCAUCCACACCCUACUCUGGCGAGCAGGGAUUCUCUGGUGGAUACAACAACAAUUAUACCACGGGCGGCUCCUCGUUCUAUCAAUCUGGCUGGUAUGGCAAUGGCAACGGCAAUGGCAGUGGAAGCGGCAGUGCGGGCCAUAAUCAAUACGCCUUCGACCAACACACCAAGGACGACUACGGCACAAUGGCUUGCAACGAUGUGGUAGUCGAAACUCUGUACAUGGUGUGCCACCUCCAAGACAGACUGCCGGGUUCAAGUCCCAUGUUCCAGCGCCGAUUGCCCGGGCUCUCAAUCACUGGUGUUGUCGUUUGCAUGCUCCCCUUCCUGCUCGUCUGCAUCAUCUUGUACACCGCGGUCCUCCAAGGCUGUUCCACGUCGGACUGCAUCGGCAUCGCUUGCGGUCGGAUGGCGGCGAGAGUCUUGCAGAUCCUCCGCGCCCACAUCUCAGCCGUCUCGAUCAUCUGUGUUCUUGUCGGCCUCAUCGCCAUGUGGCUUUACAAGCACAUCAUGUUUCGUAUGCGCCGUAGUCGGUCACUAUCGCUUUCUGGACACUACCGCUUUGGCGACAUUCUCAGACUCCGCAUCGACCCUGGCAGAGACUAUCAUGCCAGCAGACGAGAGGCCGACGUCGAGCUCUGCCGUCAGACACAGCGCAUGAUGUCGAUAUAA